UGUUGACAUAAAUCAAAGAUUAUUUAUUUUUGUCAAUAAAAUAUGAAGAUUAUAUUAUUUUUUCUUUUUACUUUCAUAACAUAUGUUCUUUCUGGAACUUUUGGUCCUUUAGGGUUUACAGAAUUAAUGCCCCCUUAUGAACCUCCAAGUAUAGAACUUCAUUUUACAGAUAAUUUAAUAUCUGGAACUUAUAGCUUUGAUGACCUUUUGAUAUUUCUUACAGCAAGAAAUGACCAUUCUUGUCUACAGCAUCUCUCAAAUACAUGUGAGGAAUUAACAAAAGUAUACGGUGAUCUUUCCAGAAUUGGUAAUGCCGUAAAAAGUAUAUGUGAACAUCAGCAUGAAGCAUGCCAGAAAUUGCCUGAAGUCAAAAAAGAAUUAUGUAACCUCGAUAAGGUAACUUAUGAAAAACUAAAAGAAUCAUCGUUUACGGAGGAGGAUCAAUGCUAUACUACUUAUACGAAAUGUCGUUUUAGGUCACGAGGAUGUUUUUAUGAAUACAUGGAACAAUGCCGUAAACUGUUAUACAUCUGCCGCUAUAUUUAUAGUGAAUAUGAACUUCAUGCUUAUUUUAUAAAUUUACUUGGUAAUGAUUUCUCCUCGGAAACGUUCCGAGAAAAAUUGAAAGUUACAUGUCGUGAUCUAUUCGACACAAGCGAUCUAUUUGUACAACUCUGUUUUAAUCCUGAUUCGUUACUAUCAGAUUUGAGUAUAACUGAUGUUUUUCAGAAGGCAGGGAAAUUAAGUUUUUUUUUUUAUUCGCAAUGGAGUACAGGAGCUUUAUUGAACGCUCAGGGAUUAGAUGGCGGUUUAUUCUUACCAAGAACUGAUCCUUCAGUUAAUCCUGCAUAUUUUAUGGGUUAUUUGCUUGGUCAACAUGGUUUUACUUCAUUCGUGUCGGAUUGCGUAAAAAUAAGUCAGAAAUGUUUGGGUCUAGGCUUUUUUCCUCAAUCAGCUUACUUUUGUAACGCAGAGUCUAACACUCAUUGGGAUACUACCUGUAAAAAAACCGAGGUCGCGCUUUUGGAACAGCAUGUACCGAAUUUAAAAAAGGAACUUGAAUAUAGACUCUCGGAUCAGCAAUAUCCCGAAGGUAUUUUUUGGUCAGGCAUAAAUGUAAAUUUGUGCACGAAAUUUUUAAGACCAUGUUCUUACUUAGGAAAACUCGAUUCAACACUUAAUAGCUUAUGCGAUUAUCUUAGAGGUCAUUGUGCUUACGGCCUAGAAAUAGGAUCUUCUCUUAAUAUAUUUGAGUACCAGUUUCGCAAAGCUAAUUUAAGAGAGGACUCUAUUCAUAAUCUUGAUCUAUGUCAACAAGCACUUCCUCAAAUAUGCACUAGCAUAUUAAACAAAACUGUAGAUUUCCUUGCUUUCUGUUUAAAACCAUCGCAUACAUGCUUUGCUUUAAUGAGUCUUUAUUUACAUAGAUGCGAUGAGCUUAAAAAGGGAAUGACUGAAAUUGAUCUUUCGGAAAAAGAAUGUCUCAUUAAGUUGCAAAAAGCGGACACCUAUGGAUCUAUGUGCCCACAAAGCGAAGAAUAUCUCAAAUUUCUUACUACAUGUUAUACUAAUUAUCCUCAAAAUCAAUAUCUGAAAAACCUUGCAGCUUCUAGAUUAAAAGAUUUGACUUCUCAAGAAAUAGAGUCUGAAAAACUAGAUGAUGAUGGUUUUUAA